AUGGCCCUGUGGACGCGCCUCCUGCCCCUGCUCGCCCUGCUGGCCCUUUGGGCGCCCGCCCCCGCCCAGUCUGAGGUCGAGCACCUGUGCGGGGAGGAUCUGGUGGCUAUGGUGACCAUGAUGUGCGGAGAUCGGGGCUUCAGCAAUCCCACGGUCCCCCUGGAGCUGCCCGACCCACAGGGUGAGCCUGUGCGGUGUGGCGCAGGCGUCCUGAACCGCAUCUCCCUGGAGGAGCUCCUGCAGAAUAGCGGCAUCGUGGAGGAGUGCUGCAUCAACGUCUGCUCAUUGUAUGAGUUGGAGAGAUACUGCAACUAG